CAUUAGAAAGAGUAUGAUGAAAGUCAAGCGCUCUCUCUCUCUCUCUCUCUAGCGCUCUAUUCUCUAUAUAUAUGUGUCUUUAAAACUCAUAGGCCAAGCCCACUGAUUUUCUCUUAGAAAAAAAAAAAAAAAGAGAAAAGAGUAGGUAGGGAGUGUUCAUUGCAUCAAAAAUUUGCAAUCCAAAGUUAAAACUUUUAGUGAUCAGUACGUUUGUGUCCAUGGGAAGAGCUCCUUGUUGUGACAAAGCCAAAGUUAAGAGAGGACCAUGGUCUCCUGAAGAGGACAGCACUCUCAAGAACUAUGUUGAAAGAUAUGGCACUGGUGGCAAUUGGAUUGCUCUACCUCAUAAAGCAGGCUUGAAGCGAUGCGGCAAGAGUUGCCGGCUGAGAUGGCUUAAUUAUCUUAGGCCAGACAUCAAGCAUGGAGGUUUUACUGAAGAAGAAGAUAACAUCAUAUUAACUCUCUACAGUAACAUAGGAAGCAGGUGGUCUGUGAUAGCUUCCCAUCUGCAAGGAAGAACUGACAAUGAUGUGAAGAACUAUUGGAACACCAAGUUGAAGAAGAAGCUAUCGGCAAAAAAGACUACUCACAACAAUAUUAACAAUACUAAUUGUGAUGUGAUCACUAUUAACAAUUCCAUGAAUUUCACUUCAACAGCAUCCCAGACCUCUUGUUAUGGGAAUUAUUCGGAUUCUUCGAAUACCAAUUCAAGUUUGCAGCUGGCAUACUAUGAUCCGAUGAACCUCAACUGUGAUCAACAACAAAACUUGGUUUCACACCCAAUUCAGUUCCCUCUUCCAGGUCUCAUGGAUGCUUCGGAUUUUGUUGGCACAAGUGGAAAUGACAAUUUCAAUAUUGUUUCGUCGAUGUCUCGUGAUGUUUCAAGCCUUCCAACUUCAUUUUCUUUCGAAAACAGUGAUCAUCACGGCACCCUGUGGUCGGGUGAUCAUGGAGGUGGUGAAGAUGGUGGGUCGUUCUUCAUGGAUUUGGGGUCUGGAUUCCCUUUUGAUGUUCUGAAGGGCAUUGAUAAUUUUGAAGCGAAGAUGGGUGAAGUCUAAUCCAUAUUAACUUAAUUAGCUAAUUAACUUUCUCUAAUCCAGUUUGCCAUUGCCAUCAAGGUGGUGGUGCAAAUCAAUUGAAAGAUAUCGAAAAAAUGACGAAUAAAAGACUAGCUUAUGUCGAUAGAUGGUUCUUAAUUUUAGUAGGUGAUUGUGAUUAAAGUUAUGCUUUAAAAUUCUAGUGAUUUAUGUUAUGUUGUAUGAAAUGAAGCUGCAUCUAUGAGAGUUUAUUAAUAUAUAUAUAUAGAUUAAGUUUUUUUAUUUUUUAUUUUUUUGAUAUGUACUUUUCCUGAUCCAACGUUUUGAAUACCUUAAUUUUCAACGCAAUACGUGUUCAUUCAGUUGUGUGUAAAUAUUUUGGGUGCAAUGUUCAU